UCAAAAAAAAUCCAACCAACCCACUCUUCCAUUCCCCUUCUCCCACUCUCUCUGCAGAAUAUCGCCGACGACAAGAAGGAACAAACCCUUCCGCCUUCAGCGACAGAGACCCUCGGCGACGCACUUAUAUACAUAUACAUAUAUAUACGUACAAAAAAUGCAUUCUACAGUCCUCCUUGAAAGGAUCAACAACACCAUCCCCACCACCACAACAACCCAUUCAAAGCACUGGUCCCCUCUUACAUGCACCACACCUGUACCUGACAACGUGGCACGUUACCAUGCUCAUGCGUUGGGCCCGAACCAAGGCUGCUCCGCCGUUGUACAGCAGAUCGCAGCCCCUGUCUCCACCGUAUGGUCCGUGGUCCGCCGCUUCGAUAAUCCCCAGGCAUACAAGCACUUUCUAAAGAGCUGCGAUCUUAUCAACGGAGACGGCAACGUCGGUACUCUCCGGGAGGUACAUGUUAUUUCCGGACUUCCUGCGGCGAACUCCACCGAGCGGCUGGAGAUCCUGGACGAAGAGCGCCACGUCAUCAGCUUUAGCGUCGUUGGAGGGGACCACCGUUUGGCAAAUUACCGGUCCGUGACGACGCUACAUCCUGCCCCCAACGGCAACGGCACGGUGGUUGUGGAAUCGUACGUGGUGGAUAUUCCGGCGGAAAAUACUGAGGAGGAGACAUGCGUGUUUGUAGACACAAUCGUCCGGUGCAACCUCCAGUCACUGGCUCAGAUCGCGGAGAAUUUGGCGAGACGAUCGAAAUCUUCGUCGUGAGUCGCGCGUUCCAUAUUUGUUACUUUAUUUUUUUGCUUUUAAUUAAUUAGUGUUCAUUGGUUUGCAUCUGAACGUCUACUAUGAAACGAUGUCGUUUUUGUGGUGUUACCGGAUCUUGUUUUCCUAUUAGAAGGAUAGAUCGGCUAGUUCUUGUUAUACUGUUAGCGUCCCGUCUCUCUCUCUUUUUUCUUUUUCUUUUUAAAUAAUACUAAUAAUGAGUAAUGACACACUGCAUUACUUUUAGGAAAAAAAUUGGUUUACUUUUUGUUCUGUUUUAAUUUCUCAGAAAAUGAAAAAUGAAAAAUAUUUAUUUUCCGUUUUCAAGUAAUUUUUUUUGUUCGUUGUAUUUUUUAAAAUGAGUAACCAAACGUGUUUUCCGUAUUUUUUCGAAAAAUAAAAAAAAAAAAACAUAGAAAAUAAACAUACCACGCCGACUCUUAACUUUCACUCUUCAAUGUCGCGAUUGCCGCCGAGGCUUUAAUUAAUUCUUUAAAAAAUAUUUGUGCAUAAAAUAAUGCAAUUUCUGUUUUGGUUGGUUGAAAAAACUUGGAAUCUUGAGACACUGUUUUGGGAUGUUUCAAGUUUCAUGAUGAUUUAUAUAAGUGAGUUUAUCCCAGCAGUGUCUGACAUGCAAGAUCUAUAAAGUAAGAUUGAUAAAUAUUUAAGUACCAGUUCAGCAAAUGAAGGAAUGUAUGCGAGCAAUCACAAUGAUAAAAUUUUGCUGGAUCAAUAAAAAUGUAUUGAAUUUUGUAUUUUGUUGAUGUGAUUGUAUUGAAAAAGUGUUUUAUUGAUGUGAUUGUAUUGGGAGACGUGUUUUGUUGAUGUGACUGUAUUGAGAUAUUGUGUUUUGGUGUUCUUUUAUUGGGAUAAUAUGGAGACAUGAAAUGUUGUUGGUCUCCAUGUUGGGCGGAAAAUGAUAAUGUAUAGGAAUUUGUGUUUUGCUUAUGUCAUUGUAUUGGGAGAUGUGUUUUGUUGAUGUGAUUGUAUUGUGAUACGUGUUUUGCUUGACUUUAUGUGUAAUAGAGAUGAGAUUUUUGUUGGCCCAGUAAAAAUGUCUUAUUGCAUUUGCUUUUAAUAAUAAAAAAUGUAGGCCAAUAUGACUUCGGUUGUAUUGUUAG